AUGAUCAUUGCAUUUAUCAUCCAACCUGAUUGUUAUUACUAUGAGCCAAUGCAAUAUUUUGUUCCGGUAUUUCAACAUCCACAAUAUAUCAUUGCUGCUGAUUCACAACCUGUCUAUGAUGUGAACCAGGAUUACGGAAUUUAUAAUGAGACUGUUUAUACUCCAGAAGCCACAGUUUUCCCAGUCGAAAUCAAUGGAACGGUCUACUACUCGGAUCCAAGUAAGUUUUUUUUUAAUUUUUAAAUUAUACGAGCUAGGGUUUCUCUCAUUUUUCUGCUGAAUUUAUUAUGUAAUUCAUAUAAAUAUUUUUAAAAUUAAUAAAUGAUAAAUUUCAGGCAAAUCUUCCAACAAUGUUUUCGAAAACAACGACAUUUUUGAACUGUUUUCAAGUAUGAAAACACCGAUGGAAGAACUCAUCGCAAAUGGAUAUCCAUACUUCGACAAUCGUAGAACAAAAAUGGUGACAAUUGAGAAAACCAAAUAUGAUGUGUUGAAAAAAUGGAUCGAUAAAGAUGAGAAAAUUCGAACUUGUAGCAGAUGCAAUGAGGAUUACGAACUUGAGAAGAAUGGAACAGGCGAAUACAAUCAAUGUAUUAAUCAUCGGAACUGCUGUGGUGAAAUCGAAGGCGAUACAAAAGGAUGCCAAGCCGACAGCAAACACAUCCACAAUCAAUGGUUUGCCGAGGAGCUUGGAAACUUCACCUCAACUGCAAGGCCAACACAUCAAGAAGAUCCGAGAUCGAGAAGCAUCUAUGCUCUCGAUUGUGAAAUGGUGUCUACGUUGGAGGGAUUGGCAUUGGCUCGAUUGUCUGUCGUAAAUUCAGACGGAAACCUAGCAUUGGAUGUUCGCGUCAAGCCGCCAACAAAAGUUGUCGAUCCAAUGACUGAAUUUUCUGGAUUGACAUUGGAAGAUAUCGAAACCGCGGAAGAUGACCUACAAUCGGUAAGUUUCAAAAUUUAUUUUUCUAACGUUUUAAAAUCAAAUUAUUUUUCAGUGUCAACAGAAAUUCUUUGAACUCGUCAACUCGAAGACAGUCUUGAUUGGCCAUUCCUUGGAAUCGGAUUUAAAGGCACUCCGAUUGGUACAUUACAACAUUAUCGACACCGCAAUUCUUUACAAAACUGGAAAAAAUAAGCCGGCGCUCAAAAUGUUGGCAUCAAAAAUCCUCGGAAAAUCGAUUCAAUCGGAAAAUCCGGAUACCUUUGGUCACGAUUCAGAAGAAGAUGCUAGAACAAUCUGCUCCUCCGAAUGUUGGAAGUGGAGUUGGAAAAAGUUGACAAAAUUUUCCUGGAUUUUUCAAAAGUAAGUUUUACAAGAGCCUAUUUUUUUCACUUUCCCCGAAUCAAAUUUAUUUUUUCAGUGUCAACAGAAAUUCUUCAAACUCGUCAACUCGGAGACAAUCUUGAUUGGCCAUUCCUUGGAAUCGGAUCUCAAGGCACUCCGAUUGGUGCACUACAACAUUAUCGACACAGCAAUUCUAUACAAAACGGGAAAAAAUAAGCCGGCACUCAAAAUGUUGGCCUCAAAAGUUCUCGGAAAAUCAAUUCAAUCGGAAAAUCCGGAAACCUUUGGUCAUGAUUCCGAAGAGGAUGCUAGAACAAUCUGCUCCUCCGAUUGUUGGAAGUGGAGUUGGAAAAAGUUGACAAAAUUUUCCUGGAUUUUUCAAUCGUGAGUUUUACAAGAGACUAUUUUCUUUCACUUUCCCCGAAUGAAUUAUUUUUCAGAGCCAACAGAAAUUCUUCGAACUUUUCAAUUCGGAGUCAAUUCUAAUUGGUCAUUCAUUGGAAUCGUAUUUAAAGGCACUCCGAUUGGAAAAUCGAUUCGAUCUGAAAAUCCGGAAAAUUUUGGCGAAGAUUCCGAAGAAGAUGCUAGAACUUGCAUCGAUUUAAUUGAACAUCGCAUCGCUCAAUCAUAA